UGUUCUCCACUGGGAAUGCAGAUGUUAAUUUGGCUGAAAAAUGCCCUUAUGGAUGGAUGCUACAAGUUCUUCCCUCAGUCGGUCAACUGGAUCACAGCAGAGAGAAACUGCCAAAGUCUUGGCUCAAAUCUCGCAUCUGUGCACAAUAAAAUGGAAAAUGAUUUUCUGCUGAGUCUGGUACCUUCUUCCACGCGCUCUUGGGUUGGUGUUCAUUAUGGUGUACAAGAAGUACAGUGGGUGUGGAGUGAUGGAACUCCAUAUGACUACACCUACUGGUGCUCUUAUGAACCUGAUGGUGGUGGUUCCGAGAACUGUGUGCUGAUUAACUGGACCUCUAGCAGUUGCUGGGUCAAUAUACACUGCUCGAUUUCAGUGGGCUAUGUUUGUGCUAAAGACCUGUGAGAUCAUAUGCAGUCAUCCUGCUCCACAGUUACUUUGAUUGUACUACAUUUACAUUUUUCUGAUAUUAUCUUU